AUGCCUGCCGAUUACAAUGGGACCUGGGAAAUGGUGACCAAUGAAAACUUUGAAGGCUACAUGGUUGCUUUGGGCAUUGAUUUUGCAACUCGUAAGAUUGCGAAACACUUGAAACAAACAAAGGAGAUUGUUCAAAAUGGAGACAAUUUUAAAACCAGAACACUCAGUACAUUCAGAAACUAUGAUGUGGAUUACACUGUGGGAGUGGAGUUUGAGGAGCACACCAAAGGACUGGACAACCGAGUGGUAAAGUCCCUGGUGACCUGGGAUGGUGACAAACUGGUCUGUGUUCAGAAAGGCGAGAAGAACAACAGGGGCUGGAAGCACUGGAUUGAAGGAGACCUCCUGCAUCUGGAACUGACAUGUGAAGACCAGGUGUGCCAUCAGACAUUUAAGAAAAAGAACUAAAAUGGAGCAGAAAGCCUCCCAGACCUUCAUCACAAUGUUAUGCUGUUAUGUUUUGUCUAAAAAGAAGAAUGAAGCCAGAUUUUCAUUCCUUUGACUCUUCUGUGUGAAGAUAUUAUGUGCCUGUUUAUGGAAACAAACACAUUUUAUAGAAAUAACAUCAAAUAGUUACAAACCUCAUAAAUUCCUUUGCCUUUCAGUCUAGAGUUAAAUAAAAGUAAUUGUCUUCCAAA